AACUUCCUGGAGAUCGACGUGGGCAACCCGCAGACGGUGGGGGUGGGCCGCGGCCGCUUCACCACCUACGAGAUCCGCGUCAAGACAAAUCUACCUAUAUUCAAAUUGAAAGAAUCUACAGUCAGAAGAAGAUAUAGUGACUUUGAAUGGCUAAGGAAUGAACUAGAAAGAGAAAGCAAGGUUGUGGUACCACCUCUACCAGGAAAAGCACUUCUCCGUCAGCUUCCCUUCCGAGGAGAUGAUGGUAUAUUUGAUGAUUCCUUUAUAGAGGAAAGGAAGCAGGCUCUUGAACAGUUCAUAAACAAGGUUGCAGGCCACCCACUGGCACAGAAUGAGCGCUGUCUUCACAUGUUCUUACAAGAUGAAGUAAUAGACAAAAACUACACACCAUCCAAAAUAAGGCAUACUUGAAUUCUAAAACUGUCUUCUUAAACAUUAGUGGUUCUUAGGCUUGGUUUUAAGAGGUUAUAGUUUGUCUUAGCAUGCUGAGGAUGAACAGGCACGAAGUCUCCAGUAACACCAGUACACUGCUUGGUCUUUGCAUAUGCUUUAUAGCAUUUAAGAACUCACUUGUCUUCUAGCUAACUCGCUCUGAAUCCUUCAUUUAAGAGUAUUAUACUAUGAGACCAUCCAUCCACCCCCUGCAACAUCUCACAAACCCUUCCACUAUUAUUUGCAAUGACUUAACAAUGUUUACUGACUUGGCCUUACUUGAACUUUCACAAUUGUAGUGUCACGUGUUCACCUGUAUUUGACUAAACUGCUAUGCUGUUUUUGAGGUAGUCACCUGUCUGAAUGUCUGUAGAAAGACUGCUUUAUUUCUGAUAUCCUGUGUGAGAAACACUUAUGCAAUUGUCUUCAAGCUUGUAAAACACUUUAUACUGAAGUAAUGAGGGAAUUAUCUUUAUAUUCUGUAAAAGGAAAAAAUCAAAUUUAUAUACUAAAGUAACUUGUCUAAAGUUUUGAAAUAAAAGUGAAAAUGCACUUCAAAUGUUUUGUCACUCUUGACCUUGAGCGUGGGGUAUCUCAUGCUUUCUGAGAAGCAGGGAUUUGACUAUACUAACUGAACUGGUAUUACAACCUUGCUGUGAUGCUCUUCCACAAUGUAGUUUGGUGUUACUAACAGUGAGGACUAAGAACCCUGAGACGAUGGCACUCACUCUGCAAGUGUUAAAGAACAUAUAAAGGUAUCGAAGGCUGUUCCUGUGGUGUGGAGCCAAAGCUGGAAUACCAUUCAUGGUAGGUAGUCAACAGAUCUGGACUUUAGCAACUCUGGGCAAAGAGUACCUUUCUGCUUGGCGUGAGAAGCAUCAGUCUAGCUUCAGCUAGCUGGUGAAAACUAUACCAUCCCAUAGAGAAAGGAAUGUUGACAUAACUUCAUUCCUAGAUAAAAGUAACUCUGCUCUACAAUUACAGUUAGGGCCAUGAAAUCCGGUAAGUCUGCUCUGAGAUGUGACAUAGCCCACUUCCCAAAAGGAGGGGUGAGCUGCAGCACUGUGCUUGUGUGACCACUGGUGCAAUGCAGAUAGUCAGCAACUGAACUGCAGGUCACAAGCAGCACUUCUGAGGUUGACUUUUUCAUGAGAAAGAAGUGAGCUGGAGAAGCUUCCUUAGUCUUCCACAUGUGACACACAAUUUACCUAUCCAUCUUGAAAACAGAUUCAAGAAUAUUCCAGUAGCAAUCUACUCUAGUGUUUUGUGCUGCUUGGUAGCUACAUGUUGGCUUAGACUUGACUCUGCUGCUUUUUUUCUUCUUGCAAUACUACUUAUCGCUGUCAAGAGCAUCCUACAAACUUGCUGACAAAAGUUAUUAGCUUCUUUUUACUAAGGCCACUAACCUCACUUUUGGAAAUCUGAAUGUCAAAGACUUAACUGACAAAGCAGUGGUGGCCAACUGGAUGACGUAUAGUACUAGUGAUUAGCUACACUGAAUAGAUAGGUGUUUGAAUGAUUGCUCUUUCCACCUUGUACUUAACUAAGACUGUGCUGAUUCUCUCUAAUGGUCCCACUCAUUAAACCAGG